AUGGAUGAAAUCGAAAAUAUCUUAGAAAAUCCAAGAGAUAUUUAUCUAUUUCAACUUCCUGGUAUCCAAGAAGAUCAAAUUCUUCACGUAAUAAGGAAGAAAUAUAAUCAAAAAAAUUCUAUUCAGUCAAUUGCAAAAGAAUUACAUAUUCGCAAAACCAGAUUAAAAUCCAUUUUUACAGUUCUUAAAUUACCACUGAAACCACAUGGUAGACCAAAAAAACCUCAAAAUCCAGAAAUUAUUGAAAAAAUUGUCACGACAAAAACAUGUUUUGAUGUCGGAUACAAACAUAUCAAAGAUUCAUAUUUUAUCGAUGAUAAAAAUGUUACUUAUCAUGAUGUAUAUAAAAAUUUUCAAGAUCAAUAUUUAUUUACUUUUCAUCGAAAGCAAAAAGAAAGACACGAUAAUGAGUAUGUCGCACAGUAUAUAAAUCAGAUGUGGCACACCGAUCUCAAAUACGUUAAAAAUUACGAAGGAAAUUUUUUAUAUUUAAUUGCGUUUAUUGAUGAUCGUAGCCGUUUUAUUAUCGACUACGAUAUUUUACCCACAAAAGAAAUGAAGCACACAGCCCAUUCAUUUCGUCACGCAUUAUCCAAAGCUCCCACAAUUCCGCAUACCAUUGUCACUGACAAUGGCACCAAAUUCGUCGGGAAGGACUUUGAACAAGUCUGCCAAGACUUCCAGAUCCAACAUAACACCACUCCUCCUUAUACACUGGAGGAGAAUGGUAAGAUCGAAAGAAGUUGGCAGACUUUGUUCAAAACCAACCCCGGCGUUCAGUAA